UGCGCUUGCGCCAGAGCCCGCCGUCAGCUUCACAGCGCUCUCCCAGCCCCGCCCGGGAGCGUCGCUGGGCCUCCCGAGUUCCUUACACAGGCCCCGGCCCGGGGUGCGUCCGGGAUCCACGUCCGUACGUGAUGACGCACGCCUGUAGGAAGACGUGGGGACGCAGGCGGGCCAUAGAGAGCGGGCUGCUUUAGGGGUACUAAGAGAAAUAUUCAGGAUCUGAAGCCACUGCCCUAAAGUCUAGCUUCACUGCAGUGCUGGAAAGGGUCAGUGCCAACCUGCAGCCUACGUAUCGAAUUACUUUGGAGAACACUGCUUCUAAGGCCACACGGGGCUCCUGGAUAUCGUGGGUGAGAGUUUUCAGGUUCACCUUCUUGAAUUCCUAAAACCUGACCACAUUUCCCAUCACUGGGCUGUUUUCCUGGUAUCUAACCAUGCAGCGGAGAUCAAGAGGAAUUAAUACUGGGCUCCUUCUGCUCUUUUCUCAAAUCUUCCAUGUUGGGAUCAACAAUAUUCCACCGGUCACCUUAGCAACUUUGGCUGUCAACAUCUGGCUCUUCUUGACUCCUCUGAAGCCACUGUAUCACUCUUGCCUUAGUGUGGAGAAGUGUUACCAGCAAAAAGACUGGCAGCGUUUGUUGCUUUCUCCCCUUCACCAUGCUGAUGAUUGGCAUUUGUAUUUUAACAUGGCGUCCAUGUUGUGGAAAGGAAUAAAUCUGGAGAGAAGAUUGGGAAGCAGAUGGUUUGCCUAUGUCCUCACUACAUUCUCCCUGCUCACUGGGGUGGUAUAUUUGCUCUUGCAAGUGGCUUGUGCCGAAUUCAUGGAUGAGCCUGACUUCAGAAGGAACUGUGCUGUAGGUUUCUCAGGAGUUCUGUUUGCCUUGAAAGUUCUUAGCAACCAUUAUUGCCCUGGAGGCUUUGUCAACGUUUUGGGCUUUCCUGUACCCAACAGACUUGCUUGUUGGGCAGAACUUUUGGCUAUUCAUUUCUUCUCACCAGGGACCUCCUUCGCAGGGCAUCUGGCUGGAAUCCUUGUUGGACUCAUGUACACUCAUGGGCCUCUGAAGAAAAUCAUGGAAACAUGUGCAGGCCUAUUUUCUUCUAAUGGUGGAUACUCAGGACAGCAGUACUACUUUAAUAGUUCAGACCACUCUGGAUAUCAAACUCAUGGGCCGUACGGCAGGGCAGGGUACAGUGAAGAAGUGCCCAGAAACUAUGAUGUGUACACUGCGGGCCUGAGUGAAGAGGAACAACUGGAGAGAGCGUUGAGAGCCAGCCUCAGGGACCGAGGAAAUAGCAGAAAUAGCCCACCACCUUACGGGUUUCAUCUCUCGCCAGAGGAAAUGAGGAGACAGCGGCUUUACAGAUUUGAUGGCCAGUGAGGUGGCUUCUCGGGAAGCCGUGCUUCAGUUGUGUCACUGUUACCCAUUUAGUUCACUCCCCAAGCCUCUAAUUACUUUUAAGCAAAAGCAGAGUGCAGUUCUCACCCCGUGUUGCUCAUGUCUCCCAUGGACCCUUGCCCUGUGGCCCUUUGAGGCCGGACUUGCGCCGGACUGAAUGUCUGGAAGCCAGGCUUGUUGAAAGCAGCUCACAGCUUUCUGGGAGUGGCCCAUCUCCUGGCCUUGUUCUGUCCCAAACAGAAGGUAACUCCCCGGUGUCAGGACCAGUUUCCACACUCCUUUACCUGCCUCCUGCUUAGGGCGCCUUCACCUUGUUUUGAUGCUGAAGACUGACCUUCGCCAGGAGGUUUUGUUUCACCGGUUUGGAUGAUCAGUCCCUCCUUCAGCCCAUGCUGGAUGCUUCACUUGGCAGGAGGCGAGGCACUGUCCCCUCGUCCUUGUCCUCCUGGCACGUUGCCAUGGUGACUGUCCAGAAGGAACUGUGGCUUCCUUCCCACUGUAUUGUUCUGAUCUCCUUCACCCAGGCACUGCGGCUCCUCGUUACAGUGUACUUGCUUUGCUCUCGUUCCCUAAGCCUAAGAAAGACCCAAGGUGGAGACAAGGCCUUCACACUCCACUAGGUAUCAAGUAACACCAGCAGUUGUGGUGCCAGAGCUGCUCCUCCCGUGGCAGAAAGAGUCCCUGGGAGGGGGGCGUGUCAUUUAAUCCACAGAACAGCAGCAGGCACCACAUGCAGAGUUGAGCAAAGACAUUUAGUAGACUGAUCACUAGAAAUCCUUCUUGCGGGAGAUUUUUUUUUCCUUAUACAAGUGCCUUUUAAUUGGCCACUGUAUCAGCUGUUUGUCCUACACAAGUGUCCAAAACAUGCCCCAGGGCCCUGCAAUAUUACAGUACACAGAUUGUCUGUCCGGGUCAUGUGGUCAUGUGAGGCAUUUCCCAGGGCUUGUGUUUCGUGAAUAAAAGGACAAAGACCAAACGCCACUCAUGUCUUCUGUUAUGGAGAUACUUCUUUUUAAAGAGAGAAAGAAGCAGACAGGGAUCUUCCUAUUUUACAUAGCUUUGUGAUUGUGAAAGGGAUGUACUUUCUGUAUGUAUAAAGCAAAGGUCUGGAAGGAAAUGCACCUCUGAGGUUAUCGCUGAGUACAUGCAGUUUUUGUGUUCUCUUUUUACAGUCUUAUGUGCUAUUUUUUUUAAAUGUGUGUAUGUGAAUGUACUACAUUUGAAGUCAAGAAAACAGAUUUAUAUAGUAAAUCAAGAAAUAACCAGUGAAACAUUUAGAAAUAAGUAUUGGAUAUCCAUUGAGAAAAUUCACAGUAUGACCAAAAAUACAAAGAGAUACAUUACACAAUUUUAAAAUCACCUAUGUUCUCACCACUUAGAGAUAUCCAGGUUUAACAAUUUGGAAGUCCUGCUUUCUCAAUUUUUCUUUUAUGCAUUUGAAGAAUUUGAAGUGUAAUGACUAUGCAGUUAGGUAUCCAGUUCCUAAUCUGAAUUUACCUGGGAAGGGCUUUGACACCUUCUUACAAAAGCGCUGAGAAAACCAGUAGAGCUGGGGACACCCUGACCUGCUGCUGGCGCAGUGAUGCCUUAGCUCCUUGGCUUAAUUUAUAAUUGAUGCAAAUCUAGGUGGUUGGUGAUACGAAUUGUACUUGUGAGUCUGCUAGCUUUAAAACAUACGCACACUUCAGUGUUCAAGCCCAAAUCAUUCCUUUCUCCCAAACUAUAAAUUUGAAUUCCAUUUCCUCAUUCAGAAGUAACUACUUUCUUACAUGCCGUCUUUUCAUAGCCGUGGAAAUUCUAACAGAUUUCUGUUAGCAUCACUGUUAUUAUCAUUAGUGCAUAACUACACCAAGAUGUGCCUUCUACCUGGGAGUGGGGAUUAUGAGUGGCCUUUAUUUAUCUUCCCACACUCCUCCUGUCUUCCCUCUCUGCCACCCAAAGACUUGUGGUCAGGAUUCAUUAAAUACUAGUUUUCUUUCAAAGUGUUUUUUCAGUUGCAUUAAAAGUCAAAUCACUUAUAUACAGAAGUAUUUUUUGUAAAUUUUGCUUGUGUCCAUUAAGUACCUCCUUAUUCUGUACAACCAGAUACCCAGACACUGGAAUCAAAGUUUGAACGCUAUAGCUAUAAUAUAUGCAUGCCUUAUUUAUGGAGUGGAACAUCACUGAACAUUUAGAAUGUGAAAAAGGUCAUUUUAGUUAUAAAUAUAAAUCAGUUAUUUUUACACAACAAUAAAGAUCUUCUGGAAAUUCUUA